UGGUGGCGGCCGCCGCCGCGGCCAGAGGCGAGCGAGCGCGCGAGCGAAGCGAAGAGGCAAGUGGGUGGGCCUUGGGGGCCGGCGAUGCUUUGGGGGCUGUUGCUGCUGCUGCUGGGGGCGGCCGCGGGCCUGCCAGGCCUCCGCGACCAUCGGCAGGUGGCGCGAAACGUGACCCGGCUGCUCGACGACCUUUUGGCCACCGACAGGUAUGACAAGAGGAUACGGCCCGACUUCGGAGGUCCGCCCGUAAAAAUCACCGUCAACAUGUACAUCAAGAGCAUUGGUCCCGUCUCGGAGACGGACGAGUGGUAUGCGAUGGAUUGCUACUUUCGCCAAAAGUGGUACGACAGUCGCCUCCAAUUCAACCUUACCGGCCUCGACGAGUUCUCGAUGAACUGGCUGUUCUUGGAGCGCGUCUGGAAACCGGACACGUUCUUCAUGAACGGCAAAAAGUCGUACCUGCAUCGCAUCACCGUUCCGAACAAGUUCCUGCGAAUUCGCAGCGACGGAUUCCUCACCUACUCCAUGAGACUCACCAUCAAAGCGAGCUGCAAAAUGCACCUGCGGAAAUUCCCGCUCGACUCCCAGAACUGCCCGUUGACGAUUGGAAGCUACGGCUACAGCGCUUCCGACGUUUUGUACGAGUGGUUGGACUCGGUGGAGCCGGUGGGCCUCGAACCCGGGGUCAGCUUGGCCCAGUACGAUCUUGUGAACAUCACCACCGACUCGGAGAAAACGCGAGAUCAGCUUCGCGUGCGCAGAGCCGACAGAAGGAAUGGUGAGGACUUUUCAGUUAUAAGCGUCAACUUCCACCUGAAACGGAUGACCGGCUACUUCAUGCUGCAAGUGUACGUGCCGUGCGGGCUGAUCGUGAGUUGCUCGUGGGUCUCGUUCUGGAUCGACCCUGACGCCGUGCCCGCCAGAGUGUCGCUCGGCGUUACGACCGUUCUCUCGAUGACCACGAUGGGAUUCGGAGGACGAUCGCAGAUGCCCAAAGUGAGCUACCGCACGGCGCUCGAUUGGUUCGUCAUCCUUUGCUUCUCGUUCGUCUUCGCCGUGAUGGUCGAGUACGCGUGCAUCAACUUCAUCGACACCCUCACCGAGGACCUCAAGAAAAUCAUCGCCGAACGCAGAAAGCAGGCCCAGAAGGAAAAGGCAAUUCAGCGGGCACUGCAGGUUGAUGACGAAGCCGGACUUUUGCUGAGCGUCAAUUCGGAGGCCGCUGAAGCAGCUCCACCACCCGAGCUAAUCGGGGCAGCCAUGAUUACCGGCCCGUUGGUGGCCGCGGUGGCCGUCGGUGCGGUGGGAAACCUGGACAGUUCCCCGCCGUCGCCAGAGCCUCCUCCACCACCACCUCCGAAGGUGCCGCCUCCGGAGGAAGAAGACCCGCCGCCGCCGGCCGCGGAGGAGGACGAGCUGGAGGUGCUGGAGAAGCUUCCCCUGGAGACGAACAACCUGCUCGUGCAGGCCGUGGCGAUCGCCGAAGAGGAGGUCAUCGAGGUCGAGUCGGCCGAGCCGUGGUUGAUGGAGUGCGCGUGCUCGCCGGUGCGACGGGUGCGCGGGAUGCGGUUUUUGCCGACCGAGGCCGACGUCGUCGCCGCCGAGGGCGUGACCAAGGAAAAGUUUUCCAAAAUCGACAUUCAGUCGCGCAAAUACUUCCCGCUCGCCUUCACCGUGCUCAUCACCAUCUACUGGGUGCUCUACAUGUACUACAUCACCGACGAGGUUCCCGAAUCGUGACCGCCCCGGCCGCCGACCCGCCACACACCCACGCAGACACUCUCCCAGUGCUCAGAGUGAACUUGUUUUUUAAUUCUCUCUCUCUCUUUCACUUUAUAAAUAUCAUAUCAUAAAUAUAUCGACACAGUUUACAGACUGCGCGAGUGCAGCUCACAGCUUUAAUUAACAACACACAGUCUUUUCUCCGGCACAAAGUUUCAAACAACGUUGCGUGCGCACCAAGUUUCCACUCAUAUAGUCUCUCUGGAUUACUCUCAAGUACGUUGUAAAUUAUUAUUCUGAAUCACGCCCGACACAACACAUGUGUGUAUCGAGACCCUGACCUACUCAACUUGGGAACCAGUGUGCAGAUUUUUUUUUGCAGAUUCCUCUCGCGGUUUCAAUAAAUCGUGUAUGAAGACCGAA